AACUUCUCAAGUUGAUGCUCACCAAAGAUGGCUACCAUUGGGUUGAUGUCCUCCUGCACUUGCGCCCGUCCCCUGGUGCCUUUACUUAGGUUGGGAAUUCCCAAAAUGAGUUCAUCCCAGUUACACACGACAGCCAGGUCUGCUUCGAAGGAUUACUACGAGGUGCUGGUGCUUGGUGGAGGCUCAGGGGGAAUCACCAUGAGUGCCCGGAUGAAGCGGAAAGUGGGAGCUGGCAAUGUGGCAGUGGUGGAACCCCAGGAGAAACACUAUUAUCAGCCCAUCUGGACACUAGUGGGAGCUGGAGCAAAGCAGUUGGCCACAUCAGCACGUCCAACAGCAAGUGUUAUUCCUUCGGGUGUAAAGUGGAUCCAGUCCAAGGUGGAAAAGUUGGAUCCAGACAACAACUGUGUCUAUUUGGGGAACAAUCAAAAGGUAUCUUAUAAGUAUUUGAUCGUUGCUCUUGGGCUGCAGCUGAAUUUUGAAAAGAUCAAAGGCUUGCCUGAGGGUUUUAAGUUUCCUAAAAUAGGUUCCAAUUAUUCCGUUCACACAGUGGAGAAAACAUGGAAAGCUCUGCAGGGUUUCCAGGAAGGAAAUGCCAUUUUCACCUUUCCAAAUACCCCAGUGAAAUGUGCAGGGGCGCCACAAAAGAUCAUGUACUUGUCUGAGGCAUACUUGAGAAAGACUGGAAAACGUUCCAAAGCCAAGAUCAUAUUCAAUACUUCCCUUGGAGUGAUAUUUGGUGUUAAGAAGUAUGCUGAUGCUCUGCUAGAGAUUAUCAAACAAAGAGAUAUUACAGUUAACUACAGAUGGAACCUUGUGGAAGUCCGAGCAGAUAAGCAGGAAGCAGUAUUUGAGAAUUUGGACAAAGCUGGUGAGACACAAGUGUAUCAGUAUGAAAUGCUUCACGUCACUCCACCCAUGGGCCCCCCCAAUGUUUUGUUAAACAGUCCAGUUUCAGACGUAGCUGGCUGGGUGGAUGUAAACAAGGAGACACUGCAACACGUGAAAUAUCCAAAUGUUUUUGGGAUUGGAGACUGCACCAACCUCCCCACCUCCAAGACUGCUGCAGCUGUAGCUGGCCAGUGUGGUGUACUUGAUAAAACAAUUUCAUGCAUCAUGAAGGGCAAAACCCCCACUAAGAAGUAUGAUGGAUAUACUUCCUGUCCUCUGAUAACCAACUACAACCGAGCGAUCCUGGCUGAGUUUGAUUACAAUGCCCAGCCUUUAGAAACAUUUCCGUUUGACCAGAGCAAAGAGAGACUGAUAAGUUUUCAUAUGAAGGCAAAUCUAAUGCCCUAUCUGUAUUGGUAUGGACUUCUGAAGGGAUAUUGGGGUGGUCCAGCUCCAGUGAGGAAACUAUUCCACCUUGGGUUGAAGUAACCGCCGAAGUCAUCCUGUUCCAGUAUAAACCAUGUAACACUUUAAAAAAAAAAGCAUUCAGAGAUUCUCCACAAAAAUCAAUAAAGUAACUUCUCUGUAGGAAUGCAACCUUCAGUGUCCUCUGCAUCUUAAAACUCAGGUACCGCUUUUCUUUAUUUCUGAACUUAACAAGUAGUAAAGUACUGUCCAGUAAGCACAGCCAGAUGUAUUUUUAGCAAUGUCAAGUUGACAGAACGAGCCUCUGUAACUGUACAGUGGUUGUGUAACCUUAAAUGACGCUAAUUCACCUCACCUCGUUCAUGAACUUUAGAUGGCUUUUAAAAAAUCUGUUUUCUAUCACCUUAAAUACCUUUUCCCUUGAAACCACCAUUCAGUGAUGAUGGCCUACAUUACAAAGCAGUUGUUGCUGGCACUUACAGAAGACUGAAUGUUUUAAGUGCAAACUGUUGUCAACUGACACAUCAAGAGCCACUUGUUUUGUUUUAAACCGAAAGUAUGGAACUCUUCAUUAUUAAAUAGAAAGCACUCCUGUGUUUA